AUGGGUGACAUUACUAGCCCACUUCCCCAAAGCGCAGGCUACGCGGUUGUCGUAGGCCUGGGCUUUGUCUUUGCCUUUGGUAUGAUUUUGACCACGUACAUGUUGAAACGGUACCAGAAAGAAAUAGUUACGGCAGAAGAGUUUGCCACAGCCGGUAGAACCGUGAAGACCGGUCUUAUCGCAGCUGCAGUCGUGUCCAGUUGGACCUGGGCCGCCACGCUGUUGCAAUCCACGUCCAUGGUCUACAGGGUCGGUAUUUCUGGUGGCUACUAUUACGGCGCAGGCGCUUGUUUCCAGGUCAUCGCGUUCGCUACUUUGGCCAUCAAAGCCAAACAGCGGGCGCCCAAUGCCCACACCUUUUUGGAAAUCAUCAACGCGCGCUACGGCAAGAUUGCUCACAUCACUUUUUUGUUCUUCGCCCUGGCCACUAACAUCCUGGUCACGGCCAUGCUUCUCACUGGUGGCUCCGCCGUUGUAUCCGACCUCACAGGCAUGGACACCAUUGCUGCAUGUUUCCUGCUGCCCGUAGGUGUUAUCAUCUACACCUUGUUCGGUGGUAUCAAGGCAACAUUCUUGACCGAUUAUGUUCACACCAUCGUUAUCAUUGUCAUUAUCUUGACAUUUGCAUUCACCGUCUAUGCAACUGAUGAAUCACUCGGCUCACCCUCCAAAGUCUACGAUUUGGUUCGCGCCGCUGCUGCAGCUCAUCCAAUCGAGGGUAAUGCCGGCGGCGAAUAUCUAACCAUGAGAUCCAAGUCCGGUGGUAUUUUCUUUGUUAUCAACCUCGUUGGUAACUUCGGAACAGUUUUCCUCGACAAUGGGUACUGGAACAAAGCCAUUUCCGCUUCGCCAGCCGCCAGUUUGCCCGGCUACGUUCUCGGUGGUGUCUCUUGGUUUGCCAUUCCAACUUUAAUCUCGACCGCUAUGGGCUUGGCUUGCGUCGCGCUCGAAAGCAACCCCAAGUUUCCAACUUACCCAAAUAGAUUGACUGCCGAUCAAGUCUCCGCGGGACUUGUUCUACCCUCUGCAGCUGUCACCAUCUUAGGUAAAGGUGGUGCAGUUGCUGCCCUCAUAAUGGUUUUCAUGGCCGUCACUUCUGCCAUGUCCGCCGAACUUAUUUCCGUCUCCUCUAUUUUCACCUAUGACAUCUACCGCCAAUACAUCGAUCCAAAGGCCUCAGGUAAGAAACUUAUCCUGUCUUCGCAUGCUACUUGCAUUAUCUUUGGUUUCACCAUGGCUGGCUUCUCCGUGGGCCUCGUCAAGAGUAAUUGCGGCAUGGGAUAUUUAUAUGAGCUGAUGGGAAUUAUUAUUAGUGCUGCGGUGCUUCCAGCAGCACUGACGUUGUUCUGGAGCAAGCAGAACUUGGUCGCCGUUGUCGUGUCUCCGAUCUUAGGUACGGGACUUGCAAUUAUGUCUUGGUUGAUUUGUACCAAGAAGCAGUUUAACACAAUCAACAUGACCACAACGUUUGAAGAUGACCCAAUGUUGACUGGAAAUGUCGUGGCAUUGCUUUCUCCAGCCAUUUUUAUUCCAAUUUUAACGUACGCUUUCAAGCCUCAGAAUUUCGAUUGGGAACUCAUGAAGACUAUCACGAGAGCUGAGGAGACAGAGGAAAUCGAAGCUGCUGAGGGUAUCAGUGAGGACAACAAUGUCCAAAGAGAAUCAGAUUCGGCAAACUCGAUCGACAAGGAAAAGCUACAAGCUGUCAAAUCGGUUGUGUCAGUGGCUCAAGACAUACCAAGUGAGAAAAUAGAUGCAAUGGAAGAAGAAGAGGCGCGUCAAUUGGCAAAAGCUGGGAAACUAGGGACCUACUUGACAUGUUUUUUCGCCGUGGCUUUGCUGGUCGUUUGGCCAAUGCCAAUGUAUGGUUCGAACUACAUUUUCAGCAAACGAUUUUUCACAGGUUGGGUUGUGGUUUUGAUUAUCUGGAUGUUUUUCACUGGGUUCGCAGUUUGCAUCUAUCCACUCUGGGAGGGUAGAGAGGGCCUCUUCACGACAUUCCGCGGUGUAUACUGGGAUUUGACUGGUCAAACUUAUAAGCUACGGGAAUGGCAAAAUGAUCACCCUGAAAAAAUGCACGUUGUGCAGUCUCAAAUUAGUGCCAGGUUGCACUCUCCCAGGGAACUAGCUGAAGGUCACAUCGACGACAUUGUAGAGUAA